AUGUCCCAACAGCCAGAGAACGACAGAACACCCCCUGGCGCGCCACUGGAUGGUACCGCAUCCAAGAAGAGGACCCACCCUGAGGACUUCAAGCGCGCAUACAAGGCUUGCAUCAAUUGCCGCCAGAGGAAGGCCAAGUGCAUCCUAGAUGCUACACCAGACGGACCCGAUGGCCAGCCAUCCUCCCCCUUCACCUUCAAGGCGCAACCGGUGCAGAUGUCACAGCCUUCUCCAGAGACUCUGCGAGUAUGGACAUCUUGCAGAUUCGUACAGAUGGGCUGGUUCUCCGCGCACGAAGCUGUCACCUACGUCGAUCUAUUUUUCAAAAACUGUUCGCCGCUCUCACCGAUCCUCUCUGAUUUCUAUUCGCGUCACGAGAACCAUUGGUCAUUAAUAGCUUUGGACCCAUUCCUAUGUGUAACCAUCCUAAUGAUCUCCUCGCGGUACAAUAUUUUGCCCGGCGUAGGUGGUGCCUCGAGAGGUUACUUUGUCCAUGAUCGGUUGUGGGAGCAAUGCCAACGCUUCAUCAUGAAGAUCAUGUUGGGCCAAGUCAAGCUAUCCAAAGCUCAAUCACGGACGAUCGGAUCAAUAGAAGCUCUGCUGCUUCUCUCUGAAUGGCACCCACGUGCUUUACACUUUCCCACCGCCAGUGAUGGGUGGGAUUGCGAGCUCAUGAUUGGAGCAAACAACACGACAUCGGAGGGCGUCCAAAUCUUAGAAGGCGACACGACGUCGAGUCGCUGGCUCGAAGACGUUAUUGAGCCUGCGAAACGAUCAGACCGAAUGUCCUGGAUGUUGAUGGGUUGUGCGCUUUCGCUGGCGCAAGAGUUGGGGUUAUUUGAAGAUAAUGGUAAUGUGGAGAGGGACCAGGUUUCGUACCCAAAGACACCACCGGAAGCACUUGUUCAAAGGCGGAUCCGCGCUCGGAAGUUACUCUACGUUUUCAUAGAGCAACUAUCGUGGCGUCUAGGUUGUACAUCGAUGAUUCCACAAAGCCUGAAUCACGCUUUGAUGGAAAAACUACCUGUCAAUGCAACUACGGGCGCUCCUGAGGAGUGGCAGGGUUUUAUGAGCGCUUGGGUCGAACUGACCAAACUGGCUCGAUCAGUAUCGGAUACGAUCUAUCCUUCAACAACGACUACACGCAAUCUGCUACGGACGGGAAGAUACAUUGGACUCCUCGAGCACUUUCAACCUCUGCUUACUACGUGGAGGAAAAAGUACUUGGAUCCAUGCAAACUAAAGGUCGGCCUCCACGACAUGUUGUGCAUCGAGUACCAGUAUGUCAGGAUUUACACGAACUCCCUUGGUAUGCAGGCUGUAGUGGAGCGCACCCUCGCUGAAACCGAUCCGGAUGGACCGCAAGAGGAUAUCCUGCCACUCAAUCUAGAGCCACGAGACUACGACUUCAUACAAGAAGUCGUCGAUGGAAGCUGUCAAAUUUUGCAGAAAGUCGUUCAGCUCUACGACUCUGGUGCUCUACGGUACUCACCAGUCCGGAUCUUCCUUCGUAUUACCGCGUCCUCCAUUUAUUUGAUCAAAGCUCUCAGCCUAGGUUCCCGGAAUCAGAAGUUGCAGAGCUCUUUAGAUAUCUUGGACGCCGCCAUUCGUGCCAUGCGCUCCAGCACACUCGACGACAUGCACCUCGCCUCCCGCUAUGCCACUCUGCUCGAUCUGCACGUAGCCAGACUUCGCGAGAACUUCGUCGUCUCUGCGCGCCCGCCGCGCAUCCCUUCGCGAGGAACGUCGCUCGAGAACAAUAUGACAGCUGGGAUGGACUUCUUGAACAACCACAACGCAGGCACAUCAGGUAUCGCCUCACUUGCCAACGAUGUCAACGGUUUGAUGCCGGAUGAUGACUGGCUGGCGCUGCCCUUUGAUCCGGCGAUGGCUCCUUUCGGUCUGGAUUCAAACCCUAGUUUCCAAGGCUUUGAUGACGGCACGUUGGAUUUCAUAUGGAAUUUGCCUAUGUAA